GACGAGCCCCAACCUGAGCCUGAGAGCCAUGUUACCAGAGACCAGUGCUGCCAGACAGACGAGCCACAGCCCAGCAGCCCUAACCCAAUGACUGACCUUAACCCUGGCCCUGACACAGCCCCCAGGACACCAGGUAAGACUGCCCCACUUGUCUACACCAACCUACCGUUAGUUUGAUUGAAGUCCUUCAAACAUACUGUGGAGCACUAGUGAAAGGCGCUAUAUAGAUACAAUGUAUUUAUUUAUUCAUUGUUGGCCAGUCUGUCCUGACUGAGGAGAGGAGAGCGGCUGAGGAAGUCCUUCAAACAUACUAGUUCAGAGAGGAGAGUGGCUGAGGAGAGGAGAGGUGUCUGCAGAAAGAAUGGGGUUCAGCUAUGACAUGACACCUUGACUUUUAAGAAAUAUAUUUUGGUUAUUGAACUACAGUAAAUGAAGUAGAUUUACACCCGGUAACAGAAUUGCGGUAACUGAAUUUCAUCAUGGGUCCCUGAUCUGUACUACACAGAAACACACAAUUAUGCAUAUUAUUAUUAUUAUUAUUAUUAUUAAUUAUGCUUAUUCAUUAUGCUUCAUGGUGCUGUACACAAAGGUAUAAAUAUGCAAUAUCCUCCUUUGCAUAUUUGGGUACACUGGCUAUUAUUUUAAUGAGCUCCGCCCCCAAACAAGGUCAAAUUUGGUUGGACCGGACCAAAUAUGAACCAAUAGACUAUGUUUCACAAGUUUGGACAUCAAAGUACAACACAUUAGAGUACAGCACAGAACAGUAGAGUACAGUAAAGUUCAGGACAGUAGAGUUCAGUACCGUAGAGUAUAGUUCAGUACAGUACAGUACAUUAGUGUGCUCAACUCUAGUUUGGUCUACUGUGUACUGGACUGAAUUCUAUUCUACUGUACAGUACUGAACUAUACUCUACUCAACUUUUUAAAACUUUACUGUACUAUACUGUGCUCUCCAAACUUGUGAAACAUGGACGUCUAUGAUUAAUUCAGAUUUGGUCCGGACUGGACCAAAUCUGAACAAUCAUGGACGUACAGUGGGGAGAACAAGUAUUUGAUACACUGCCGAUUUUGCAGGUUUUCCUACUUACAAAGCAUGUAGAGGUCUGUAAUUUUUAUCAUAGGUACACUUCAACUGUGAGAGACGGAAUCUAAAACAAAAAUCCUGAAAUCACAUUGUGAUGACAGAAAGAGAAAGAAAACCAUUAUGAGCUGAACAUAACAGUAUGCCAGUGGAAGGGAGGACAGUAGCAGGUGACCCAACUGUGGUUUGUGACUUCUAUGAUUUCCCAUUGUAGCCAAUUAAAUUACAGUAAUUCCGUUUCAGAUUUGUCUGUUACCAGAAUUACAGAAAAAUCUGAAACGGAAUUAAUCUGCGUAGCAAUGAUAGGAGAGGCCAUGUGAGCAUAUGACGUAACAUUAUUGUGUUUUGAUAUAUUUCUAAUACCUUUUAAGACUUUUUAGUAAGACCCCUUUUCUAUCUGUUUGACCAGAAAUCAAAGCCUUGCUUAUUCCUAAUAUUUAGCAUAGAAAAUAUAUACCUUAAUUUACUCUUAGCUUUAAUUUGACACCAGAUUUGACAUGCUCCUAUGAACUUCACGUUGUUGCUCAUGGCUCCUUUUACAUGGAAAUGCCCUAAAGCAAUAUGGCUGAAGCCUGUCCAGAUCUUUCACGUCAGUGCAGAUGAAGGGGAGGAGGAAAGGAAGACAUGCUGGAGUAUUGAAAUGCAGCCGGAGACAGAGGGAAGCCUCAGUCAAGGGCCCAAUCCCAAAUGACCCCUACACCCUAUGCACUUAUGGAGAUCUGAGAGGAUUUGACAGGUGUAAGCAAUAUGGUAAUAGCUCCCACCUUGCCCUCUGAUAGGUUAGGUGGAAGUUUCACCAUGUUGCUUAGGGGUCCAUUUGGGAUUGGGCCCUACUCUCUUAAUAUAGGCCUCAAUAACUGUAGCGCACGUGAAAUAUCUGUUGCAUAAACCUGUCACACACACACACACACACAUAUUUCCUGUGGUCAGGCUCUAGCGGGGAGGAAGGGGUGAACUGGGGUGUAUUCAUUACGGAAACCGUUAAGAACCAAACAAAUGCAAACGGAACAAAACGGGGAGGGACCUACCUUAAUUAUUCCAAUAGAAAGUCUCGUUUACGUUUUCCGUUUGCAACAGACAAAACGUUUUGAAACAGAAUGGGCGUAGUGAUUACUCCCCUGUGUUUGGUGCUGGCUGUGUUGGCUCGACUGAUUGGUCACCAUCUGACCCCAGGCAGUGGGGGGGGGGUCAGGAACAUGCCCUGUCGGAUUAGACCAGCACAGCCUGAGGGGCGGGGGAGGGGCCUGCACACACACACACAUACACCCACACACUGUGACUUUCAUUGACACACACGUUGCACACACCAGUCAUUGCUGCUACUACUUCUAUUCUUAUAUGCCCAGGCUCUGGCAGCAAACCCAUCCCAGUCACUUCCUGUAGGAAAUAGCCCCUCUACACACACACACUACAUGGCUGGGGACAGAGUGAAGUGUUGUAUUGAAGUGUGUGACCUCUACAGGGUACUGUGUGGAGCCAGGGGACCCUCCUCUGUUGCAGCAGCAGCUCCAGACCUCCAAGUCUGGCAUCCAGCAGAUCAUAGAGUGCUUCCGCUCAGGUAAUGUAGUCAGGCUGCUCAGAUAGCAAGAAUGUAUUUUAAUUAGGUAUCACGACAUACAUUUGUUAUGAAACAUGAUUAAAGUGCAACGCCUAGCCUCUACUCUUUCAGUGUUUGCAGAUCUGAAGGAAAAUGGUGAUCGCUCCUCCACCAAACCAUAUUUAAUUACACCUAUCAUAUUCCUUCAGAUCUGCAAACAUCAAAGAGGUAUAGGCUCUAGGAGUUUGAUGGACCAGUCCUAUUGGUCCUGUCUGUCUGUAUCAGCUAGUGCUCACUAACACUGCCCCCUGGUGUUGUCUCUGUGUAGGUACUGCCCAGCUGAAGCACAUGCUGCUGAAUGAGGCGGACACCAUCUUUGAGUGUAAGAUGUGUCGCAGCUUGUUCCGGGGCCUGCCCAACCUCAUCACCCACAAAGAGCACUACUGCCUUACCAGACUGCCCAAGCCCGACGGUACGUGGCUACACCUCUCUAAGACUCUCACUCUCUCUCUCCCUCUUUAAUGUUUCUCUCACUCUGCCCACUUAAUGCCUGUCUCUUUUUUUCUAUCACUCACUUUACUAACUCGCUCACUCACUCAUGGUCUUCGUUGGUCUACACUCUCUCUCUCUCUCUCUCUCUCUCUCUCUCUCUCUCUCUCUCUCUCUCUCUCUCUCUCUCUCUCUCUCUAAUGUAGUUUGUCCCUUUUUCUCCUCUCCUCCUAUACUCUAACUGAAUUAUCUUUCAUGCUCCAGCCUCUGUCUUUGAUCCAGCCUCAUUAGCCACUACUCUUCCAUUCUCUAGGACUUCUGUCUAUAUCUAGAAAGACAAGUCAUCUAGGAAAUCCUCUGUUCUCUCAUCUGAUGUGUAUUGAAGCUAGUGAUCAUACAGCCGAACGAAGACAAUGUCUGUAAAACCACAAAGAUACGUUCAAUUGCUAUUUAAUGAUAUGGUUGAAACGUGGUUGCUGUUGCCACACUGUGCUCAUUACAUAUCUUAUUUGGAAACAGAAAAGAAUAGUGUGUUUUUGUUUCUCCCUUUGGCAAGUUUCAAAACGGUCCUUCUCUCGGAAUGUUCCUUAGUGUUGUGACAUCACUAGACUCAGUACACAUCACAUUUACGAGCAAAUAUUGGUGUCUGAUUGAAAAUGUCCCUUUUCUAAAGCCUCGCUCUUCCUCCUCCCUGUCCCCUUAGAUCCAGCGGGAAAUGGUGAUAAGCAGAGCGUGGCUAUGAAGGACCUCCUGGAGUCCAUCUACCCCAGGAAGGACCGGCCAGACUACGUGAUGCGCCUGGAGCCAAUCCAGACCUCCAACAAUGCUGUAUUCCAGUUCCUGUCCUCAGAGGAGGAGCUGGCCCACUUCCCCCGGGCUCCACACACCCCUGGAGGGACCCACACACACAGCCCUGAGCCCUGGGAGGAGCAGGGAGGGAUGCCGGAAAAUGGACAGACAGGAGAGGGGGAAGAGAGGAGGAGGAGUGACCAGGAGGAGGAGGGAGGAGAGGUGGUGGCGCAGCCCGAGGAGGAGGGGUCUACGAGUGGGGUAGGUACACACAAAAGAAAGCGUGCAAGCAGACACAUGCUCACCAACUCCCACUAUAAUACUCUCUCUGUCUCUCUCUCUCCCUAGGUGGAGGACGUUACCAUCUCAUGCUGCCUGUGUGGUAAGGACUUCAACUCUCGCCGCAGCAUCCGCCGCCACUGUCGCAAGAUGCAUCAGACCAAGCUGGAGGAGCUCCGGAAGUUCACCGAAACGCGCACCGUUCCCAUCAGCCUCCUCUCCAUGGUCAAAGGUCGGCCCCGCACCUUGCACACGCCCAGCGGCAAGUCCUGCCCAGUCUGCUUCAAGUCCUUCGCCACCAAGGCCAACGUGCGGCGCCAUUUUGACGAGGUGCACCGCGGCCUGCGCCGGGACACCAUCACGCCGGACAUCGCCACACGCCCUGGCCAGCCGCUGUCCCUGGAGGCCACGCCGCCCCGCAAGAGCGCCAACUCCUCCCCCACGAGAGAUCACACCCCGAAGAGCGGACGAGCCGUGGGUGUUACCACCCCUCAGCCGCCCAAUGCCUCUACCGCGGUGCCACCCGCCCCUUCUCUCCUGGCGUCGGCCCUGUACAACCUGGCCUCCUGCCGCUGUCUGCUCUGCAAGAGGAAGUACAGUUCCCAGGUGAUGCUCAAGAGACACAUGCGCAUCGUCCACAAGAUCUACAAUCUCAAGAACGUUAGCUCCGUCUCCGCGACCUCGACCGCAACCACGGCGACCAACAAAAACAACAACAGCAAAACAACGACCAACACUGACAGCACCCCUAGCAACAGCACCCCUAGCAACAACCUGAGUGUGAAGGAGAAGGCGGUGGAACCCUGUGACGACCCUGACUCCAGCCCCGCCUCGUCGCCUGGCGAUACGGACAGGAAGGACACGGACAGGAAGGGCGUCGCCGUGGCAUCCAAGUCAGGUCAAAAGAUCAAAGAGGAAGAGGGUGGCAGCAGCCCCAAGACCUCGACUCGUUCCACUUCCAUCAACAGUACCGGUGGUACUAGUAGUGGUAGUAGUACUCUUGGGAGAACCCCACAGAAGCUCUCGGUGGGAUUCGACUUCAAGCAGCUGUUCUGCAAGCUGUGCAAACGUCAGUUCAGCUCGCGCCAGAACCUCACCAAGCACAUCGAGCUGCACACGGAUGGCACGGACAUCUUCAUCAAGUUCUACCGCUGCCCACUCUGCCGUUACGAGUCCCGCCGCAAGCGCGACGUCCUGCGCCACGUGACGGUGGUGCACAAGAAGUCGACGGGCUACCUGGCCAAGAUCGUGCCCAAGCUGGAGUCGCGUGCGGUCAAGCGGCCGGCUGAGGUGGUCCUCAACUCUCCCCCCCAAUUCCAACAACAACAAGAGAGGAGGAACAACAGAGGAGGUGAACGGGUGCCACUCGCCCCCCUCUCCCCCUACGCCCCCCGUCACACGCAAACAGGAGCUCCUCAACAACUCCUCCAACAUCUCCACCUCCUCCUACCCAGUCACACGUAAACAGGACCUCCUCUCCUCCACUCCGGUCACUCGUAACCAGGAGAGGCAGCAGGAGGCUCAAACCAGGUCACCUGUCACCCGUAAGAACGACAAACAACAACCCGACACCACCGCCCCGACGCCCCCCCACACCCGUCGCCAUGACGGCCACCAGGAGAGCAGCAGCAGUAGCACAGAGGUGCGUGUCACCAAGAACUUCUCCCUCCACGCGUGUGACGUGUGCGGCCGGGCAUUCGCCAAGAAACUUUACCUGGAGUCCCACAAGAGGAUCCACCGGAACGUCACGCCACCGGUCAGCACACCGCCCAGCGACGCCCGGGCUAAGGGAGUCAGCACUCGGUCCAAGGCACUGCUCUGGUGAGCCUCACUACACAUAUGGUUAUCUUUUGUUGAUAUCUUGUUGUCAAGAGGGAGAGAGAGAAGUAAGAGAGGGAGAGAUAGAAAGAGGAAGUGACAUGUGAAAUGGGUUGUUAUGAGAGAGGGAGGGAGGGGUGGGGGGGGGGGGGACUGAGAGAGAUGGAGCCAGGAGAGCAGGAUUGGGCGAUAUUACGAUAGUAUCGUCUAUUGACAAUGAUUGACAGCCUAUUUGAACUUGGUUUAGACUAUUUGAACUUGACUGGGCAGCGCGCAGCAGGGCAGCACAGUGAUAUUCCGAGUAAUUAGCCUAUUCUUGCUAUAGCCUAGUUCAAUACAUUUGUUAUAUAGAGCAGAGAAUUCUACCAAAGCAUCGCAAAAUGUCCUGUCAGAAAAUGUUGUUUGUUUCUCUCUCUCGCUCUGUCUCUGUCAAAUGCAUGGGCCUUAUAACCUAAACCUAUUAAUUUGAUAUAUAUACACUGAGUGUACAAAACAUGAAGAACACCUUCUUAAUAUUGAGUUGCACCUCCCCCCUCCCUUUGUCUCAAGGCUUAAAAAUACUUAUUUAACCUGUCUCCUCCCCUUAAUCUACACUGAUUGAAGUGGAUUUAACAGGUGACAUCAAUAAGGGAUCAUAGCUUUCACAUGGAUUCACCUGGUCAGUCUAUGUCAGGGAAAGAGCAGGGUUCUCCUUAUCUUGCUAUAUUCCCUUCUCCAUUUCGAUAGGCUAUGAAUAUUUGAACAGCCUAAAAACGUAAGGUAGCCAGGGUAAUAAUGAGAGAGAACAAGCAAUAGCCUAUAGAAAAAUCGAAUGACAAGUUGAAUCAAGUUUAAGCUUAUUAAGAAAGAAAUGAUCCGUGUGAUGCAGAGAAAUCACUCCAUGUGAAAACUCCAUGCGAAAACCAAGUGGCCAGUCCUCCUACUGUUAAAGUUAUGAACCGUAGCCUAUUUCCCAAAUAUUCUAAUAACCUAAGAAGGUUAGUUGAAGUUGCCGCGUUUCAAAAAGAACAAGAAUGAAAGUGGUAGUCUGUAGGCCUAGGCAAAGGCUAUUGUCAAUCACAGCUUAAUGACAGAUAGAACAAACAAUAUUAAGAGAGGAGAGUGAGGAAAAUAAAGCUAUUAUUAUCCAGUUCUGAAGAUGCUAGACUUUGCUUCUAUCCAGCUCAUGAUUUAUAACCUAACCUACGGCAAGACAGCCCGUUCCUCAUCAGUCGACUGUCACUUUGCUCCGUCAUGUGCGCCCCACACAGACAAACACAAACCUGUUCCAUGCCAAAAGCUCCACCAGAAAAUUAUAUUAGAAAAUAUUUGCCUGCACUUAGCCUCUGCCCAGGCAUUCAACAACAUUAUCUUUCGUCAUGAUUCGUCCAGUUGUAGCAUGCGAUUUCCCGCUAUAGCCCAACGGUGGUUUUUAGCAUUCUUUGGGGGAGGGAGGAGGGGGAGGGAGGAGGGGGGGGGGGUUGGCUAUAGGGGGCGAUACCAUCGUAUAUCACAUAUGAGUACAGAUGUCCUCAAGCUUCAUCCUCUCUUCACUCACUCUGUCUAAUAAAAUAUGGAUCCUGUAGCCAGGCCCGGAAAUAAGGCUGAAUCCCUGCUCCUCCAGGUUUACUCCUCUCCCCCGGGCUCUGUGUGGUCUGUCUGUCUCCGCUCAGGACGAGCCUCUUUAGCUGUGAUUAAACUAACCCCACCACUAUGUGUUUUGUGUGUGUGUAGCUCUGUCCACAGUGUUAGUCACAGUGGAGUAUCAGGAGACCACAGAGAGGGGAAGAACAUUCCCUUUUAACACACACACAUCAUUGAAACCCUUUGGUCUCAGUCUGCUUCAACACACACACACACAGGCUGAUUCAGGUGUCGCUACUCCUCCAGAGAGUUUAACUUAUUUUCUCCCCUGGACGACUGGAGGUUUCAAUCAUAGGGAGCGAGCACAGACACCUGAUUAAAGUGUGUCUGUGUGUGUGAGAGUGUCCAGACAGACAGUUGAUUAGUGAGUGUGUGUUUUUCUCAUCCAGGUCCAGACAGACAACUGAUUAAAGUGUGUUUAUGUCUGGGAGGAGGCUAGUCCUUGGGGUAGUGAUGUUACAGCAGAGCAGAGGAGAGAAAACAGUAACAGUGUUUAAACCGGCUCUAAUUGACUGCCGAGCACCUUCUAACAACUGCUGUUGGUCUCGCUCUCUGUCUCUCUCAGAUCUCCAGUCUCGUCUCACGCCUGGUUCUUAGGAGCCUCCAUCCUGAGAGGAGAGACUUAA